AUGGGGUACUCUAAUAACAGAUUUCUUGGCCUUUUUCUCUUCUUCAUAUCUAUGUCCAUUCUCUUUUCUUCACCAGCAACAGCAUGCACAUUUUUUCAACUUGAUUGGGUCCCCAACCCUUCACAACAUUACACUCACUGGGCUCAGAGAAACAGGUUUCAAGUCAACGACACUCUUUUGUUUAAGUAUAAGAGUGGGUGUGAUUCAGUGUUGGUGGUAAAGAAGGAGGAUUACGAUUCAUGCAACACCAGCAACGCCAUGCAAGAGAUGGACGGUGGUGAUUCAAUGUUUACUUUUGUGAAAUCGGGUCCUUUCUUCUUCAUCACUGGCAACGCUCAGAACUGCAAACGUGGUCAGAAGCUAACCGUCGUCGUUUUGGCCGUCAGACAUAACAAACACACUCACUUGCUUUCUCCGGCGGCAACACCGCCUACGGCGGGAGCCGAAACACCCGCAGAAAAUGGGCCAAUUCCAAGCUCCGAUGUUAGCCCAUCAGGCCCAACUUCUUCAGCGCCGUCUCAGCCGAAACAUUCGGGCUCUAUGAGGUUUAGGGGUUCGGUUGGUGUCGCUAUGGGUGUUGUUAGCGUUGGGGUGGGCUUGUUCUUCAGCAUCUUGGGCUAG